AUGGCAGAUUUUGUGGCCCCAAGCGGUCCCCCGCCACCAAAGGUUCCAGCUGGAUGGAAAGCUCAAUGGAAUGAGCAGUACAAUGAAUGGUUCUAUGUUAAUAUCUACACCAAGAAAUCAACGUGGGAUCGCCCGACCGAGCCUGUCUAUCCUCCCGAAGGCGGCGAAGACGGUCCCCCAGGUCCUCCACCAGGAUAUUCCGGCGGAAGCUCGUCGCACCCCACCGACACGAAAUCCAACCCAUACGAAACCCACAACAACCCUAAUGUCGAAUCCGACGCCGCGCUGGCAGCACGUCUCCAGGCCGAAGAAGAUGAGCGUGCUCGCAGCGCUUCGGGAAGUCGGAACGCCAUGCAAGAUUACCAGAACACCCCAUUGCCAUCGCAGUCGCCCGGCUAUCAGCAGCAAGAGCUUCCUCCGAGAGAGCAAAAGAGAGGUCUCUUUAGCAAGUUGUUGGGAAAGACAAGCAGUUCGAACAGUGGUGGAUAUGGUGGUAACCAAUACCCUCCGCAGCAACAACAAUAUGGAGGGGGUUACCCUCAGCAGCAGGCUUACCCACCUCAAGGAUAUGGCCAACCUGCAUACGGCCAACCCGCAUACGGCCAGCCUGGGUAUGGUCAGCCUCAAUAUGGUGGCUAUCCUCCUCAGCAACAGUACUACCAGCAACAACGUCCUCAGAAGUCUGGUGGCGGUGGAAUGGGCAUGCUGGGAGGUGCGGCGCUGGGUCUCGGCGGCGGUUUGGUCGGUGGAAUGUUGCUUGAGGAUGCCAUUCAGGACCAUGAUCAGAACGAGUAUGACCAAGGUUAUCAACAAGGACAGGACAAUGGCGGGGAUUACGGCGGAGGAGAUGAUGGUGGUGGAGGAGACUUUUAA